GGUAAGGGGCACGAAGGACAAGAGGGUUUAGUGCCUUGGUGUGAGCCCGCCGACUCGAAAGUCUGGAAUUCCAACCGACAGAACAGUGCCGGCGUUCGUGCGACGCGGAUCUCGAGGUACGUGAGAGUUUACGAUUGCGAAACUUGGUGUAUACCUAAAUUCAACAAGAGGGAGGAUAGAAAAUACAAGAUAAAGAGAGAAGGAAAUAACGACAAGUGAGGGAGACUUUAAGUGGGCAAGUGAAUACAACAUAGGGAGAGUGCGCGAGUUUCGUUGGUUGUUUACGAGCGCGGGAGUUAAAAAACAGUCAAGGAUUCUUCCUCUUAUUAUUCUUGUUCUUCUUCACUUCUUGUUCUGUAUUGCGUGAUCAUAACAGUUGGUUAGUGAGCGCGUGAUCACCGGUAUAGACUGUUACUAAAAACAAUAUGAGUGAAAUGACGAGUGUAGAGCAGCAGCAGCAGCAACAGCAGCAGCAAUAUGUUGGUGGAAGCUCAAAUUCAGAGCAUCACUGCAAAGACUGUCGAUUAACCUUCGAGAGCGGUAAAAGUCUUGAGGUACAUUUACGGUAUCAUCACGAAAAUCUGCUGAAUCAGUGGGCCAUUCAGGCUCAACAGGAGGAGAGCAAUAAUAAUAAUAGCAAAGCUGGUAAUCAUAACAGUCACGUUAAACGCGAUAGUAUAACUGCACCAGCUGAUUCAAGUGAAUCUUCAUCUCGGCCACCGUCCUCAAAUCCUACGCCUUCUCAACAUCAACAGCAGCAGCAGCAGCAGCAGCAGCAGCAGCAGCAACAACAACAAUCACAGCAACAAACUGCCCAGACAGCUACAUCAUCUCAACAGCAACCACCACCCGGUGUGCAAGGUUAUAAUCACUUUCCGACACCGAUGUUUAGUGAAACGAGUUACUUUAUGCAUAAUGAACAAGCUUAUAUGCUACCAGGGCAUCAUUACUCACCCACCCACGAUGAUAGUCCAAACAACAGUAGCAGCAAUUAUGCUCCAAGGUAUCAUCCGUAUCAGCAUUCACAUCAUUAUCCGGGUGAUCGAGCUAACUCUGUAAGUUCAACGAGUCCACGCAGUCCAUUGCAGUGUGACAAGUGUGGAGGAGUAUUUGAUGAUGCCAACCAACUCGCUGAACAUGUUCGUGCUAAUCAUCCAACUUCGCCGAGUGGAUAUCCAGGACAACAACAGUAUCAACAGAUUGGUGAAAGUCCACAGCAAUCACAACAACAACAGUUACAUACAUCACCUUCACAAAAUAAUCAACAGCCACAGCCAUCAUCUCAAUCAAGCUUUGAUUAUAAUAGAGGUAGUGUAACAAUUAAAUCAGAGAUAAAACAAGAAACAGAAGAAGCUGAAAUUCUGGAUCUUGAUUCGCAUAAAGUGCAAACUCACAGAUACGAAGAAGAGUUAAUGAGGAUGCAACAUCAAGAAUUGCAAUUGCUUCAACAACAGCAGCAGCAUCCAAUACAGCAUCCGAGAAAUCCUCCUCAUUCUGUAAGCUCCAUGCUUGGGUGGCCACCAGGACAACCGCACGAAUAUCAUCCAGGUAUGUCACCAUUGGGUCCUAUGGAUAGUAUAUCACCGAUACCAGAUCAAAGUACAUUUAUGCGUGGGCAACAUAUGCCAGUAGAACCACCUCGACAUGCUGGAUCGCCAAUUAUAACAAGCACUCAACCUAUGCCAGGUCAUCCAAUGCCAGGAAGUUUAUUACAGCAGCCUCAAAAACCUCCUAUAGUAGCUAACCAGUCGUGGAAGAGCAAUGAGGCGCGUAGACCAAAGACCUAUAACUGUACUGCAUGCAACAAGUGGUUUACAAGUUCGGGCCAUUUGAAGCGACAUUACAAUACAACGUUACAUAAAAACGCUGUAAAACAGAGUAACCAACCAGAUCCUGCAAAUAUGCCAAUCAGUGCCCAUCAUCAUCCAGGUAGAGAUAACAAUAGAGGAGGGGGAGGAGGAUCAUCGAGGUCGCCGGAGUUGUCCACUUCAGCGAGUCCCCCAAACUUGAUGGCAGGUCCCUUGGGCGAGGCGGCGAGGGGCCUGCUCCACACGCCCACCAAUCUCUACACCACCAAUCAUUCCAGCAACAGCAGCACCAACAGCAACAGCAGCGACUCUUCGGCAACGGUGUUACCGCAGCAGCCGCAGCAGCAUCCGUCAUCCCAACAGCCGACAUCUACAACGGCUCACAUGGGCUCAACAAUGGCGGGGCUCAAUUCCCCAACGCAAUCCCCAAUGGCGGGACACCAUCACCAGCAACUGGGUUCACCAUCCCCUCAGUUGGGCCAACACCACCUAUCAAUAGGUUCACCACCUCAAAUGUCGGUCCACCACUCCAUGAGUUCACCCAUGUCACCCAUGCAGCCACCACCGCCUCCACAUCACCUGAAUUCGCCUUCGUCAAUGGGAUCCCAACACAUGAGUUCCCCAUCGCCCAUGAUGGUGGGGGUGCCCCCAAUGGGUUCACCACCAAUGGGGGGUACUUCGAUGCCUCAUCAGCCGUACCCAAACGAUUUGCCCCCCCACGUUACAACUACUACCAGCAUCCCGGGCCUGCUGGACUCUAUCAACCAGCAAACUAUUAUUGGUAAUGAAGUAACAACUCAAUCAAUUCUUCAUGAGUCACAAUUACCCGGAUUUGCUACUAUUAGUCAUCCAAGACCUCUGCCAAAGCAGAGCUUUUUUCAAUACCAUGUAACUGAUUAUUUAGUUGGCCCAAACCAACCUCAGGCCAUUAACGUGGGGGGGCUAAGACCAGAGGAUGAAAUUCCUCAUGACAGGUCAUUCAGCUCAGCUAGUGCGAUUUUCGAUCCAUAUAAUUCACCACCAAGGUACGAACCUCUGAUGUCUAUUGAGCAUCAACAUGAAUCACAUGCCGAUGAUAUAAUUGCAAAACAUUAUCAAAUAUUGGAUAAUAAUUCUUCUUAUCAAGAUCAUCAUGUUACUGAACAAAAUAACAAUGAUAUUCCUCAUUACCAAGGCAAAGAAGAAAUAAAUCCUAACGUUGGUAAACAAAAUCAAAAUGAAACAAAAAAACAGAAAACGACUAUAGUACAGGAAAAAACAAAAGAACAUCAAGUCACCAGUUCAGAUACAAAUUUUAUAUCUCAGGAGGGUUUAAUCACCUGUAUCAAGUGCAACAAGGUUUUUAAUAAGACCUGUUACUUGACACAACAUAACAAGAGCUUCCACUCUGGCGAGAAGCCCUACAAAUGCAGUCAAUGCGGCAAACGGUUUCCCCAUGAGGAAUCGCAUGCCGAGCACCUGCGAAAGCAUGCUGGUGAGAAACCUUACAAGUGCGAGAUUUGCCCGAAGCAGUUCAAUCAUAAAACAGACCUCAGGCGGCACAAUUGUCUCCACACUGGCGAAAAACCAUUCGCAUGUGAGAUUUGCAACAAAGGAUUCAUCAGAAAAGAUCACAUGAUGAAACACGUUUUAACGCACAAAAGAAAAGCUAUGAAUAAUUUACGUUUACGAUAAAUAAUUAUUAUAAGUCGUCAAAUAGAAAUCAUCUUUGUUGUUGUAGGUAUUUAUUUAAUUUCAUUUUAUAUAAAUCUUUAAAUCAUUUAUCUUUUACAUACUCGCAGUUAUUUCUUUUUAAUUAUAUAUUUACAUAAUUAUAAUUUUUGUUUUUUCAAUAUUAAUUCUGAAUAGUUAAAAACUUAAAAUAUUAAUUAUAUCAAUAAUAAAUGUUACUUACGACCGUGUUUAUUGCAACUAUUUAUUUUAUCAGUUCUCAUUGAAAUAUCAUCACUAAUUAAUGAUGCUUCAAUGAUUACUCGUAUCCAGUUGCCAUGGUCGUAAGUUUAACUAAAACUACUUUAAUUGCUCAAUGAUAUUUAUUUAUUAUCAACUCAAUGGUAUUAUUAUUAUUAUUAUUAUUGUUUUUAUAUAUAAUUAAAAAGAAAGCAAAGAAAAAUUUAUAAAUUAAAAAUGGUGGAUACAAAAUGCUGUAGUUAAAAGAAAAAUGAUUUUUAUUAUUUUUGCGAUAUUCAGAAUCGAACAAAGUUAAAUAAAUAUUAUUAGGUUUGAUUCAGCAAAUCGGAAUGCAGUAGCAGUAUUUUAUCCAGCUCAAUAUAAUUUUGAAUUGAUUGUAAAUCGUAAAAAUAAAUGAAUAAUUAAAUAAAUGAAUGAAUGAUUAAUAGUUAUUGAAUUGAUGAUAUUAAACCUUCGAAGCUUAUCGACUGUACAAAAUAUGUUAAUUGUAUAGGCAUAUUAUGAAUAUUAUUAUGAUUAUUAUAUUAUUGUAAUUAUUAAAAUAAUGUGAUUGACUAGAAACAGAUUAUUAAAUUUAACUCAUAAUAUUCGUAUUUUAUAGCGUGUAUGGAUAUAAAUAUAUUUAUAGUAUAGUUAUACAAAAAUAUAUAUAUACAUUUAGGACAAAAAAAGAGAUAAUUAUAAAUUUAAAAAUAUAUAAAAGAGAAUUAACAAAAUAUGAUAUUUAAGGCAAUGUGAAAACGAACAAAACGAUCGCAUGUUAAAUUGUGUGGUUAUAUAUUUCGUUAGAUUAUUUUAUAACAUAAAUAAAAGUAUUAUCAAUAUUUAAUUAAUUAUUUAUUAACAUUUAUUGUAUUAAAAAGAAAAAAGUAAAAAAAAAAAUUAUUUAACUAAUUCUUUGGAAUUACAAACUUAAAUAUUUUUUAUUCAUUAACGCAUAUAUUUUAAAUACAGUAUUUACAUAUACAUUCCACUACACGGUGAUAUACAGCUGUUGUAAUGUACGUUUUCACAUUGAACUCUCUUUUUUUGUAACCUAAAGUAGCCUAAGUGACAACAUGUGAGUAUCUCGAAGAGAAAAUAAGUAACUAAAUUAAAUUUUAACUUUAAAAAUAAAUAAAAUAUAAAUAUAUGAAUUUUAUCUCAUUUAAAAUAACUUCUUCGAGAAAUUCACAGGGCCAUGUGAAUAAAAAUAAAACAAAUGAUUAACUUUCCGUAAUAAUUUACACAAAUGUUUCUGUUAAUCGUUAAUUAAUUAUUGGCUGAUUAAAUUUGAUUACUUGAUUGUUGAUUAUUAUCACCAAUAAUAAAUAACGCAGGAAUUGUUAUGUUUAUUGUUCGACGGCGGUUUGCCAUUAUUUGUCUCGUUGUUUUUUGAAAUCGAUAUUUUUUAAUAUAAUGCUCACUUGUUUCCUCCAGUCAUUAAGUUUUUUUUAUUAUCUUUAUAUUAUUCAAUUGAUAAUUUUUAAAUAAUGUUUAUUGUAAUUAUUUCGACUUAUUUUAUUUUUAUUAUUAUGAUUAUUAUUAUUAUUAUUAUUACUAUUAUUAUUAAUAUUAUUACAAUUAUUAUUACUAUUAUUAUUAUUAUUAUUAUUAUUAUUAUUAUUAUUAUUAUUAUUAUUAUUAUUAUUAUUAUUUUUAUUAUUACGAGUCUCGCCCUUUUUAUCUAUUAUUUGUUAAUUAAACUACAAUAACAGAUGUAUAUUUAUUUGGGAUGAGAUUUAACAAUUGUAAAUAACAGUGCUUUCAUUAUAAUUUUUUAAUUUAAUUAUACAUACAAAUAAAUUUAGUCUCUUGCCAUUUUUUAAUACAUAAAGUCCCAGAACAGACUACCUCAGAGUUCAGGAAUUAUUGAUGCAAGAAGGGAGAAAUAAAAUGAUUAAAAAACCAAUGCAAUAAUAAUAAAAUAAUAUAACAAAAAAAAAUAAGUACAGAAAUAUAUCGUAAGGGCGAAUUGUGAUUUUUUUUUGCAUUUAAAAAAUUUUUCAUUAAUUCAAUGUAAUAAAAAUAAUUAAUGAAUAAAUAAAAUUGUUUUAAAAAUACAUCACAUUUAUUUUAGCUAAGUAUAAAUCUAUAUGAACUGAAUAAGUAAUUUGAUUUUUUUUUUUUACUUUUAUGUACAAUAGAUAAAUAAGUUUGAUCGCCCGCCGAUAAUUGUUUUAAUAAGAGUUAUUAAAAUAGAUGUGGAAAAUAAUAAUAAAAUUUAAUAUAAAUAGAUCGACGUACAUUAGAGACAUAUCAAACAGUAUUACUGUACACGCAGUUUAAUUAAAUAAUAAUAAUAAUAAUAAAACAUAAGAGUUAAUUAAGAUCAACACAAUCGAUACAUAUUUUUAAUUCAUAUCAAUAAUUAAGAUGUUUUUUUAUAUAAAAAUAAUAAAUAAAUAAAAAAAAAUAAUAAUUAUGACGAUAAUAAGAUAAUUACAUUGUGAAUUUUAUUGUGCGAAGUAAUUUUUAAUAGAUAUAAAUAAUAUGAUCGGGAUUCAGAAUACGGGCAUUCGUAUAUAGAAAUUAUAGGAUUUUAUUAUUAUGUAAUGCGUGAUAAAUUUUAACACGUUGACAUAAAGAGUAACAGAUAAAUUUAAAAAUAAAAAAAUAAAUUGAAUUGAGAGAAGAAAAAAUUAAUAAUCCAUUUGUUUAAUAUUAUAUUUAUAUAAAUAUAUAUAUUAUAUAAACGACCAGCAUUUCAAUCUCACUGAAAUAAAGUGAAAUUUUUUUUAUUAAAUACUGAUAAUACCAAACUACCAUUGGUUGUGCCAAAAUGUAAUGUUUAUAUUUGUUUUUUUUUUUUUUAACUUCUCUUCAAUGCUCCGAACGUAAUUUAGUGAUUGAGGGCAUUUAAUUAUCUUAUUUUCACCAUGAAUUUUUUAUAAUACUAUACAGUAUUGUAAAUCCGUCUUUUUUGUAUUUUUUAUUAUUAUUAUUAUUAUUAUUUGUAAAUUCAUUGAACAAUUUUUUUUUCGGUGUGCUCAAAGUUAGACGGACUUAAUUUUAAAUAAAUAUGAAAAUAAAAAUAAUAACAGUUGUAUCUUCACUUGUGCCAUAAU